AUGCCCCAUCGAGGAGACGUUCACAACGCGCGAGCGGAAGGCCGGCGCGAAACUCUGCAGCAGAAUGUCCUUCAGACACCAGAACAACAGAAAAUGCGAGAGAUGGUUCGCCCCAACUGCAGCUCGAAGCCAUCCUUCGUGCAACUCUCGGGCGGACUACUUCCUCCUGGCAUCACAUCACUAGCUAGCCAUAUCACUGAUGAGCUCCCUCGCCUGGAGGAGAGCCUGCUUGGCCUUGCUCACGCUGCUUCGCGCGGCCAACUACCGAGGCUGGCGCAGGUUAAAUGGACCAAAAUGAAAAAAAGAAUAUCCACGCUCAGCGACGGUUGCAAGUCACCCUUCCCCAAUUAUCUCAAUCCAUUUCCGUGGCCGGACCCGGACGAACCUGAUCUUUGA